UGUCUCAUAAAAACUCGUCUUUGUUCAAUGUCACUAGCACGGCAGCUUUUUUAUACCUCUAAUUAUUUCACAUCAUACAAGAACAAAAACAAUACGAAGGAAUACCUAAUAAUCAUCAAGAUCAUCAUAUUCAUAUUAACCAUCGUCGUUUCUUACUACUAAAAAAAACUAAAAUUCGUCGUCCCUCAUUCCUCACCCUUACUAACAACCAAGUGGCAACCAACCAUAAAUGUAUAAUAUUUAGCCACGUCGGCGAUCAAUCAACAUGAUUCAACAAAAGCAAGCGGCUACGACGUGCCGGCGCCGCCGGCGACGGCCUGCAAGUAAUGAAGUGCUCGAGGAGGAUCGCGAGGUAGUCGCGAGCCUCGAGCAGAUUGGGGGACCGUGCCUCGCUGUCAAUUUCGCUGCUGCUUUAAAGUUAAGGAGAAAAAGACUCGACCAGGUUGCGCCACGAUAUUAGUAGCCCACUACACCUUGCGCGCUCUGCUGAUUCGUCUGCGUAGUUGGGUAAAACAGGCAACUCAUUUGCGCUUAUCAUACGGGCGGAGAAGUAAGAGCCCAUUGAUAGCAGGUGCAUGUCUUUACUCGGAAGAAGGUCAUGCUUCUGUAAUUUCUCAGCAUUGUCUCUAUCUAGUGCCAUGAGAUCAAAAGUGCUCUCAUCUGCGCAUAAUAUAAACCCUAAGUACUAAGUCUCAAUACAAGUGCAACUAACUCUAAAACCUAAAUGCAAAUUCUACAUAUUUAUUGAGCCUGUAGCUGUGAAGCACAACCAGACAAUCAUCUCGACUCUCCUACACGCUCUAACAAGACUUCCUGUCUUCUGCAAUUAUGUGAAGAACAAUCAGGGAAUAUCAGCCCUGUCGCCGUACUUCAUCAAGCCUCCAAGACGGUACUUGGGGUGUGGUCCUGACCUGAACCUGAGGGCCUUCAAGGCUUUCGCGCAACGAGAAAUGGACUGCAUACAUGAAACUGGCGAGGAGGAAAGUAAGAACGAGAAGCGCCAGAAUAAUUGGGAAGAAAAAUUUGGUACAACCACUCAACUACAACACCAUGCUGAAGAUAUUAUACUUACUAUGCAUAGGCACUUACUACUCAUGCAUAGAGACAUUAAUGCUAGUAUACCACAGAAUGGUCGGGAUGAUAGUCAAGCAAGGAGUCCAUCAAUCAGAAUGCUUCUACUUGCUAGUUGGAUGGUGCUUUUUUCCACAUUCACUACAGGUUCUGCGCGACUACUCGACAUCGACGGCAACGAGGAGGCUUUGGAAGAGAUUCGGCUAUUACUUGACGCCAUCCCCGAGGAAAAGCUUCAAGACUGCGCGAAGAUCAAGGCUCGCGUCUGUGCAAGGGAGGAAGCCCUGCAGAAGAAUAAUAAGGCUGCUCUGUUUCUUUUCUACAUUUAAGUCUCAAAGAAACUGUUGUUCGUGCAAAUUUUUUAUGUUGUUGUUACCGAUGGUGAUCAUGAUGCUGCUCGUGCUCUCUCAACUUUUGCUUUAGUCGACGGGCACAUGCGUAAUUGAAGGCCGCCUAGUAGAAUAUAGCUUAUACCCACUUCGUUCCAGAAAUUGGAGGCAGCUCAAUAUGUUGGACGAGUUCUGAUUUCAGUCUCCUUAUCGAAUCAACAUGAAGUCCCAUAUUUCGUGUCCCGUAGAAGAUCUAGUUCUAGAAAAAGUGCUUACGCUUAGCAUUAUAAAUAUUUGUCUUUCUAACAGUGAGACUCUGCCGGAGGCCGAUAAAGAUUUUCGGCGAAGCGAUGACGAUUAAGGGCGCCCGCUUAUUUCUAUCCACUUUCUUGUAGCAUUCAUUUGACGCAAAGGGAGUAUAUCAAACCGGUUUCAUGGGUUUUAAGCUCUACCUCUAGUUGUUCAACUAAGUUUGUGCUCGCUCAACAUUUUCUAAGAAAAGCGCACUGCGAUCAUCUUCGACCGUCAAGUCCGACUUGCUCAACAAAUCUUAAGGAGCAGAGUUGUCCCAUCAAAGAUCCUGAUCGCAAACGAGCGCGAUCGAAGCGAUGGCAGGACUCGACUCUCCCGCAUCGUUCGCAAAAUGGUCGAGGAGCAGCAAGAACGUGCGCAGCAGGCUCCCGAAACCGCAAAGGAACUCGACGUGGAGACUCAGCGAAGCAUAACGGACAGUCUUACGACAACGACUGCCGGGAACAGGGAGCAAUUUGUCAUAGCGGAUAGUCCUACGAGUACGACUGCUGAGCCGGCGGCUUCGGAGUCUUCCGCCAAAAAAGAGGUGGCUCGUGUUGAGAAGGUGCAAGGCGCUGGUGCGGAAAAUGAAGAAAAGGACGAUAGGAAACUACAUGAUCUAGCGCUCGUUGGUAACAUCAAGGGAGACGAUAACACGACGCAAAGGUCGUCAGGUACACCGAUGACCAAGGCACCCGCUCGGCCUCUAGCUUUUGCUGUGAGCAUUCCGAAGGGCGCAGCCCCGCGCCGGGAGAAAAAAACGCAGACGAAGAAGACUACUGCUCUUGCCAAGGAUGGAGACUCUCUCAACGACGAGAGUGAAGAUGAAGACCACGCGCAACACCAUGAUCUCGACGAUGCUGAGACAGAAGACGUUUUAUUUGAUUUUGCGAAGAAGAACCACGAAAAGGCGUCUAGUGCGUACACAGCUCUGAACCCCUCGCCAUAUGAAGCAGUUCCUCCUCGCAGACUGAAGUUGAUGUCGACGGGUGACGUCUUCAAUUAAGGCAUACUGCGUUUGAGUAGAUGUUUUUUGCCCCUAGAACUUAAAUGGUAGAAGCGCACAAUAUCUAGAAUAUUGAUUGUUGAGUUUGUUUGACUAGGAUUUAGCUCCUUCUAGAUGAACUAAAGUGAUGAAAGCGUCUUCGAGAUGAACCUGACUGAUGAAAUCAAGGGUGAUCAUGAUAAUGUCUUCGUCGAAAAGCGUAGUCCCCUAAAUAUUUAUCUGACGAAACAAGAACUUGAUGAACUUUUUUGGCUACUCAGAAUUAGAUGAUCCUCAUCUUCUUCUAAUAUGGUUUCUUCUGGUUACAUCACGACUUCGGCGAUCGCGUUUGGUAUGUUACGGACCUCGUUGAUCGCGGUGAGCUGCACAAGCGUUUGGAUAUGUGCUCGGAAGAUCUCUUUCAGCAGCCACUAGGGAAGGCCCUCUCUCGGAUUCAACUUGGAACCAGCAACACGUUUGAGUCGGGCGUCUGGGUCCUCGGCAAAAACAUCCAUAUUGUGGACGACCUGAUGGGCAAAGAUGGGCACGGGAAAAUGGUACUUUCUUGCACUCAUAUUUUUUUUUGUUGAUGAUUUGCAUUUGUUUUUUUGCUUUACAGUGACCUUAUUAUUCGAUGUAGCGAGCACCUAAUACUCUCUUCUUUACAAUCCUCAUUUUUUUUUUAAGUUGCUCGUCCACGGCAUAAAUAGAUGCGUCAGAAGCUUAAGUAGACUAAACGUGUUUGUUACUAGGGACCCUGGGUUCAUAAUUAGUUUUUGUUUAUUUUUGACUUGUGACAAGAAAAAAUAGUCAAAUUUUACUUUUUCUCCGUGUAGCCUUCUUCCUAUGUUGUAUACGCUCCUAUGAUUCUCAGAACCCACUGACCGAUGGGAACGGUUGGGCCAACUACGCUUGCGUGGCUUUGCUAGAAGAGAAGCUUCGGGAGCGUCCGAGCACUGCGGUUAAUCUAGGUGCUUCGACAAAAGUGCAGCUGAUUCAAUGUCGAAUCGCCGCAGCGAAGCUAACCCUCCAAUUCGAAGAAGACGCGGACGAGGUGGCGCGCCUGCACAAUGCGGAUGAUGGCGAGGAUCAGCAUCGUGAUGGCGGCAAAAAGGCGCCCCCGUCGUGGGAUGAUGGCGACUAUGAAGAUGGUGACAAAAAUAGGUCCUCGUCGUGGCAUGAUAAAAGCGGCAAGAAGUGGUCGGGUGAUGAAGAUAAAGACGAGGAUGAGAUGAACAGUGGCGACGCCAAGCGGGAGAAGGGGCAGGAGGAUGGUAGGCCAAAUCAGAACCACGACAACGAAAAAGACGGCAGCAAGUGGGAUAACAAAGCGACCGACGCCUCUUCGCAGUCGUGGCAUAAGCAAGCAUGGAGCAAGCCCAUCAAAAAAAAUCCCUGGUGGGAGAAAAAGGGCAACAACAAAGACUGGGUUAACAAGGGAAACGACGAACACAAGUGGUGGGGGAAGGACGAUAACAACAAGUGGUCGUGGGACAAAAAGGACAAAAUUCAGUGGUUGGAGAAGAAAAAAAAGAACAAGGAAUGGUGGAGCGGCAAGAGCUGGGAUGAUAACAAAGCCUCGAACAGCAAAAGCCAGCGGAACACCGACGAGCAGGAUGGCUACGGCAAGGAUUGGCACAGCAGCGAAAGCAAUACGCUAGUUGAGAAAAGUGGGAAGAUGGUGCACAGUCACGACUGGGAAAGCCAGAAUUCUAACAAAGAGGCAGAACUAUGGUGCAGCAACAAGGACAAGCAGGAUUUUCACACUUCUGAUGGCGAUGAAGCGGAGCGUAGUGGAGAGCUACACCAGCCUUCUUCCCCUUCUUAUAGUUCGUCGAGCGGCAACAAAAACUGGUGGAGCUGGGGCAGCAAGCAGGAGUCUUCUUCUUCUAGUUUUUCUAGCAACAAUAAAGAUUCUUGGCGGAAUUGGGGAGGACAGGAUUCUUCUUCUUCUAGUUCUUCUUCUAGCAAGUACAAUAAACACUGGUGGGGCUGGGGCAAGCAGGAGGACUGCUCCCUUCCUUCUUCUAGUUCUCACAACGACAAAAACUCCUGGUGGCAGGAUGCCUGCGAGACCAUGGACGAAGUAGAAGGAAAGACUGGCAAUGCAGCUGAGAAGCAAGAAGAGGGGACAUCUGUUGAUGAUGUGGAGGACAAGAAGGCCAGCAAGCACGGCGAGUCAGAAGACCAAAACGAUUACUCCUCUCCAAAGAGCGACGGCGCGGCUGCAUCUCCUGCUCCUCCUCCCUCGUCUUCUUCCAAAGGUAACACCAAAUGCGACGAAUACUUCUCACCGAGCCAGCACAGAAACUCUUUCGGUGACCAACAAAGCCAGAAGUGCGCAACCAGUUGCGAACGCGACAGGCAAUCCUGUGAACAAGGAAAUAACGUAGCAUCAAAUGGCUUUCAUGCGCCCGCUUCUACUCCGUCUAUGAGCACCAUGAAGGGGGACGACGACGCGCUGCAAAGGUCAGGCAACAAGCGCUCUCGCUCUGUUGAAGAUAUGGCUGACUGUGCGGAAGCUAAGCGACAGAAGACUGACGCACCACCACAGAAUCGUGACACGACAGCGGAGGCGACUACAGUAAUCGACGGAAGGUCUAUUGCUGGGCAAGACGCUAAUCAUGCCCCCGAAGAAGAUCUUUCUCAAAAUCACGGCGCCGACAAACCUGACAACGAUUGGAAUUAUUACAAGAACAGCUGGAGCGACUGGGAUAUCGAUAAAGACAAGUCGAAGCAGAACUGGAGCUACCAUAAAGACGGAAACUCCUCGAAAAAAGGCUCGUGGAAUAUGGGUGAAGACGACUCCUCUCAACAGUGGGAUGACCAAAAAUGCUCCUGGUCGGACUCGGAUUGGAAGAAGGGAGAAGAGGACGAGGACAAGAAGGACAGCUACAAGAUGGAAGACGUGGAGGUCUACAUCCCCAAAAGCGCGCUCAAAUGGAAAGGGGCAAUCGUGGAGGAUGUACUAUCUAUGAUGAGGAAUUAGCUCCUUUUGUAUUUCUUUGCUUGCUCCUGAUUGUGAUAGAAGUGCCACCGGCUUGUAUUUCUAUGUGGAGUAUUUGAGUGGCAACAACUAUUAGAAGGCUGCCGCGUGCAUAAAUACUUGAUGUAGUUCUAAAUUAAAAUGCAGCUGUCGUCAUCUUGUUGUUCAUCUUUUUCAAUAGCACUUUGAAAUCAGCUCUAGCCGGAUGCUUACCCUUCUCUGCAGCUAAGAUUUCUGAGUUUUUCGCAUGUUCCAGAAUUAUUGCCUAUUAACAUGCUGGCGAAAGUAUGUCUAUGUGACUUAAGGUGAAGACGCUAGCUAUUUAGUAUAUCUUCUAGUACAACAAUUCCGACAGCGCUGGUAUCCGAUCGAGAUCUGCGAUGGAAAAAUCUGGACUGAUCGGCCUUCUGGACAUAAGUCGAAAGCCUUCCUCAAUACCGAGCUGCUGCCCAUAUUGGAACAUGGUUGUUGCGUUGAGCCUGCAAGUGCUAAUGAGACCGAGUGCGACCGCUUCAAACGACGCGAGCGGUUUUUCCCCAUUCUCGACGUGCUCCGGAAGGAGCACCUUCGGGUUAUCCUGGAGCACAUCGCAGGCAAGUGUGGAGACGAGUCGACGCGCAUCCCCUUCGCUUAAGGCUUCUAAUGAGGAUGAUACAAGUUCGCUCUUUCUUACUCUUACAGAAAAGAUUAAGAUUAAGUAGAGACUAAGGACUGAGUACUUAAUACUCUGCGAAUUAUACGCUUGGUUCGUCUUUCAUUGUAAACGCACUCAGUGAGACUGAGUUAUCUGUACUAGUCCAGCUAUUGUUACCACCUCAUCUAUUCAGUAUGAAAAAACUUCUGGCUCUGUCUUCGUGGAGAUGAGGUCCUCGAGCUUGGGCUCUAAUUUGAUGACGCGGCAAAGCAGUUGGUGUUAUGGCAAAAGCUCUGUACUCACAUUGCAUCUCUUUAUAUUAUAAUCAAUUUGUUGUAUUUGACUCGCUUUUCUAGGAGAAUGAUGAUGAUCUCUGAUCAUGAAAUAAUGCGUCAGUUGUUUUUAGAUUAGGUGAAAAGUGUUGACUUCGUUGGAUUCUGGAGGUCCUGUCUAUGAUCCGUCUACUAGCAUAUUGUCGCUACUUUGUCGAUUAAAUGUACAGUAAAGUCUACUGCUGUUGUUUGACUGUAAUUCAUUGUCUAACUUUGCCUGAGGACUACCGGCUGCCACGUGCCAAGACUGCCUCGACAUCUACUGGCAACGAGCAACAGAAAUCUGCCGGCGAUUACGAGUAUGGGGAAUACGGCAACAAAGACGCGGCGCACUUGACUCGAUGUUCGAAGUGUUCGAAAUGGCGCGCAGUCGACGCGCUCGACCACAAGUUAUUGGAGGAUGUUCGAAAUGUGACGGGCAAGCAGCCCAAAAUCCAGUGCUCAAACUUCGUGUGUGACUCGUUGGAGCGUACCGCAGCAGGGGAGACGUCCACCCCUUCUUCGUGUGCUGGUGGGGAGCGAAAUGCUGUACUAGAGCAGAAAUUCGACAUGGCGCUCGUGCCCACAUCUAGCAGCUCGUCUUCAUCCUCGGCUUCCAAUAAUGACAAACAGAACGUUGCCGUUAAUCUGCUCGAGCUGCAGCAGGGCACCGCGCAAGAAGAGACGCCGCUGUCAUGCGCAACCGAGUGUGACUACAAAAGCCAUUUCGGUGGCGCCCGCCUCCUUCGCAGAACCAUCCGACGAGGGUUCGACGCGAAGGUCAAAGCCGAAACAGACAAGAGACUCGCUUCAUGCAAAAGCUCCCUCAUGCUCAGCAUCAGAAAAGUCGGAGAGGAGGGCGACGAGGAUGACGCAGCUAGUAACGCAGGUAGCGCGUGCUCGCUUGCGAGUGUGUUGCCAGAGGAGCAGCAUAAUGUAGGGCGAAUAGAAGUGCGCGCUUGUGGUUCAUCUGAGGUUGACGCGAAUGAGGCAGUUGUCAGCGAAAAUGUCAACAACGACCCGGCUGGCAAGGACCACGAAGAUGAAAAGCAACAGGAUAAAAGCACAAACAAGUGGUCGCGGUCGGGGUGGGCUAACAACGAACAGAAGGAGGAAGAAGAGGAAGAUGAUGUUCCUCGUGGUCUUUCUGGUAUUCGUGCUGCAGAUCUGAGAAAGCUCGAGACAUCGGAGCCUCACAUGUUUCACUUACAAGCUGAUCGGCUUGCAGGCGUCGUAAAAAAGCUUACUGAGAAGCUCGACAUCGAAAUUCCCGACAGUUGUCGUCAUCCGAUGGUGCCUGACUGGACCGGCACACUCAAAGAAGGCCAAGCUGUCACCUGCCGAGUCACAAAGAAUGGGGAGCCUGAAUAUCUGGAAGGCACUCAGACCCAUUCCAAAUGAUUUCGAUUUGUUUUCGUCAUUAUCUUGUCCAUGAGUAUCCUCAACAUUCACAUGAUCUGACUUUGAAUUCGCUGACUUGCUAGUCGACGUGGUUCGUUAUUUAUCGCAUUGCGACGCAUCUAGAGGUGGAACACAAAGGUAUACUUGUAUUUGUGGAUGGAGCUUGAUCUAGUUCAUCUACUAGUGAUUGCUUUUCCAUCACUUCUAUAUAAUUUCGUGUCGACAUAAUCUCAGGCCCCGCACUUUUUGUGCGAACGCCGUGCCUGGAGCGCAGCGAUGUGCAAAAAAUGGAAAACGUGAAGCCUCCAGCGGCGUUGCGACGUUUUCGCAACAAUGGGCUGAUCGUGUUACCCGCAGACGAAACAGCCAUGCAGCGAGCAGCGGCGCAGGCUCUCAGUGGUGGCGAUUAUGACGGAGAUGAAGCGUUGGUGAUCGGGUGGAAGCACUUGGUGAAGCUGUUCGUCUCCUCCGAACCCGAUUACCGGAACAUCUUCGAAAUGAUACGUAACCAGCAAUGGGGCAUGCCGAAGAAUGCCGAUGCGGAGAGCCGACGUUCAGAGACCUUGGCAGACAUUUUGACUACGUCGACAAGAACCGCUGGUGCCUGCGAGCGCCUAUCGGAUGACGAUUUCGAGCGGCUGCGGCUUGCUUCAUCGAAGUACUUAGGCCUCUCGGGUGCGAAAGGGCAGUACACGAACGAGUGGUAUAAGUAUGCGGCUCAGCUCGGCCUCCAAGAUGCUCGAACCAAAGUCGUCGCGAAGUUAGGUCAUGAAGCGAUGGAUCUCGCGAAGAACAAUCGACCAGCCUCGGAGCUUGCGAAUAUCUUCGCUUGGGCAAAGGAGAACGCCAGCACUGUGAUCGACUCUGACCGCAAGGAGCGGGAGGCGGGUGCAACUUCAUUGAGCGCGGCCGUCAUGGAUACGAACGCUGUGGAAGCAACUACUCGAUCUCGAACUCUUGCACAAGAAGACCCGAGUGCUGUUGCAGAAGAUGAGGCUGCUAUGCCUACGCGCGAUGAGACAAUAAAGGACGUCUUCAUAGAAGAAGCGGCACUGCAGCAGAGCAAGACAAGAACGUCCACCAGAAAGAGGGCACACCCAAGCCUGCGGCGGGCUGCUAAGAAAAUCGACGCGGUGAGGCAGGGGAAGCUUAACAAGGUCACGCUAUCGCGUGUACCAUGGCGCAGUGACAGCGGCAGCAUCACUUAUCUAAAAACUGUGGCACCAUUGGUGUACAAGCGCCUCCAAGUCGAGCGGAAGGCUAAGUCUGCUGCACAACGCAAGCAGGACCAAAGUAGAGGUCGAGGAGAAGGAGCUGCGGACGCUCGAGCCCGAGGAGAAGCCGCGACGAAACACCAGCGAAAGCCAAAAGCUAAGGCAGUCGGAAGGGCCAGAGGUAGUGGCAAGAAGAAGAGUGGGGCGUUGUUAGUGCUCGAAGACGCUUCCGCGUUCGAAGACGCAGACGCACUUGCGGAGCCCGCUCCUGAGCUUUCUGCGAAGCGUCUUAAGAAAGCUCCAGCACCGGGGCCGGAGAGCUCAGCCGAAAACCCGAGAGGACUUCGAGAAGAGCCACCUGCGGAAGAGAUAUCUGCGGUGGCAGUCGCUCCGCUGGAACGAGACGAGGGUGGUCAACUUGUCGAGGCCAAGGUGGAAGAAAACAAGCAAAAAGCAAGGCGGCGAGAGGACUUCGCAACCGAUAUCAAAGCCGAAGGCACGAAGGUGUGGUUCGUCGGAAAGCGUGGCGGACGCGCACAAGGCCCCGAGCUGCGAGCAUGCCACGCCUUGCAUGCAUUACUUCAAGGGCUAGUGGCUGUGGCAAAGAGUCGAGCAAUCUUCGCGCUUGCUGGGAGCCCUCUGCUAAGCGAUCACACGAGAAGGCCGGGCGGGGUCUUCAAGCUUGUGCCCGCCAGGGGAAAAGGGGACCAGGAGCAGGACCAGGCGACCACUAGAACCGGGCACGCGGACGGAAAGCGAGCAGCGGCAGAGGGUGGCUGGUUUGAGGUGCUUGGCCGUCCUGGUCUCAGGAUGCAGAAUCUCAAUACGCUCGAGCGUGCCAUAGCGGAGGCGCCUCGAGAUGUAUUGCGCCCGCGCUUGCGGAUGAUCUUGCGGAAGGUCUCCCACCUUGUGGCGUUUGAAGAUUACACCGAUGAAGGUACUUACCUCCUGGCGUAUUGGCGUCCUCUCUUGGACCGUGUAAACCGCUGCGCCACGCGCCGCUGGCUAGCAUACCGAGAACAGCAAGCGGCUUACUUCAAGGCAAACAGAUUGCGCAUCAGAGAGAUGGGCUACGCGUCUUUCUGCUUCGUCGACCCGUUCGCAGAUAAGCGGGGCGAAGUUUUUUCGAGGGAGGUGCUAAGCCUGGACGCAGUUGCUGGCGUGAGUCAGGAAGUGGCUGGCUUACGUGACAAGCUUCAGCUCCUCGAGAGUUUGGCGCAUGCUGUGGCUUUCUAUCUCUUGAUGCCUUAUUUUCUAGGUGCUUUGCACUUCAAGCCAGAGGCAACACUUGACCGCCGCAAGCGCAACCGCAAGGCCGCGGGAGAUGGAGAGCAGGGCGAAGAACCGUGCCGCAAGAGGAAGGUGAAGGACAAGGAGCCAGCGGCUUGGGGGCAGCUGGGUGGUUCUGAUAGUGUUCUUGCUGUUGCAACUGAACAAGUACCGUCUGAGCCUUCAACCCUCUUGGAACAGGAAGCGCGUGACGACAAGCAUGCCCCCAAGGUGCUUGCUAUGUCGAAGGGCAUCAAGCAGGAUGAAGAGCCAAAACGUCGCCCCACAGAGCGGCUGCUACCUCUCGAGGAGGCUGGGGAUGACUCCAAGGCAGUCAUGGGCAAGCAGCAGCAAGAAAAACCCAGCAGGGCGCAUCUUCUCCUUGUGGAGGAUGUUGAAGAAAUGCAAAUGGAUAGCAUGGAGAUGGGUAAAGCGUCUUCUGAGGUAGUGGCAUUAGAGGUGGAAACUACAGUUUUGAGCAAGGAGAAGAAGUUGGGCCCUCUGGUCGACCUACGGCGCAGGGUGGACAACGAGGAACACGGAUACAAUCUACUGCGUUACGCCUAUGCGACAGGUUGUGACGUCAAGACUUACACAAAGUAAGGCGAGUUUUUUACUCAGAGGUAGCGCUAGCAGCUUUGUAGAUGCAUCGUAGUUAGUCGUGUGUGGUCUCAUUUUUAUCUAUGUAUAAUUCAGCAAGCCUGACAAUUUGUGACCUUGGUCUUUCUGACGGCAAAAAUGCCACUAUUAAUAGUCUUCUAAUACUAAUGGAGUACGAUGACUCCCGACAAGUGGGCCCACAAUGCGCCGUGGAUACUUUUCGGAAACGAGCUCCAUUUCGUGAAAAACUUGAAGCCGCUGACAAACGCAGUCGAGGCGGAUCUCUGGAAUGCAGACGAAGAGAACGACGCCUGGCACCAGGCUGGCGAGGCCUUCGAUGUUAAGUGUCGCUGUUUUGAUUUGAUAGCAUUUCAUUGGCUUUAUUUUGUAGUCUUGCUGUUGGUGUAAUUUUAGCGCUGUGUUGUAUUGCGUAAGCCAAAUAAUAUCUCCACUCCUCGAAGUUGAUGUUGUAAGUUAGUUAGGAUUCAUACUCAACAAAACAAGAAGAAGAACUCAAUAUACUCUAAGUCGCAUGCUGUGGAUGAAAACGACGGCGCAGCGGUAGACGUGGUUUCUGAAGAUGAUGCCGAGAAAGUCGCGGCGCCGAAAACAAGCGGUGCCGAGCACGAGGCCGAAAAGAACGGCGUCUAAUGAACUUUUGCGAUUGUGUAAAAGGUUCUUCUAUUCACUCCAAUCAUGUCUUCUAUAAUCUGACUAAUAGUCCAGGUCCACUGAAUAUUCGCAAUCACAACUAAGUAACUCAAAAUAUUGAUCAUGAUUAUCUAUCAGGUGUUGACAUGGCCAACAUACUCAAGUCGCUCAGUCUUUGAACCACCAGUACUCUUCAAUAUUACCUUUUUACAACGACAACGGACUUAAUCCAUACUGACUCUUACCGAAGUAUCGGAAAACGAUGCGCUUACUACAUUUUUUUGUUCCUCAUCCUCGUUCCAAAUAGAUUCCUCUCCUUAUAUAUAAUACAGUCUGCAUCUACUAUCAAUCUUGUCAUGGAUUGCUCCCCUGUUGUAGUAAUAGUAUUUUUACGAAAAAAAAAUAACGAUGCGGAACAAAGAUCGCUGAUGUCGUCGCGCAAUCUUUCUCUUUGCGUUUGCUUUUACCUAGAACUUUGUAAUAUCAAAAUAUGGAUGAAAAAGAAGAACUCUUUUCGAACUCGAUGCUCUGACCCACUAAUAUCUAAAUACACUGAUAAAAGACAGGCAACUCGACACUAAAACCCCGCCAACACAAAUUUUUUGAAAAUGAAAAAGAAACAUUCCACUCAUCAAUCAUCUAGAUCUAGUAUUUUACUUCAUCAUGAUUCUUCGUUCUUCUACAGCGACGAGCAUCAUAUGAAUAUUAUAUUUGAUUUGAUUGUGUCCCCAGAAAUCAAUGGAUUCCUUAGGAAAGAGCCGACAACCCUGACUGCUCCAUAUAUCACUGCUCCCAUUAAUUAUCUUCGACCUCACCCCCUUAUAUCUUCCGACUGUUUAGCUUUAGAUGCAAACGAUUUCGCUACCUCAUUUCGCACUGUAGUAGGAAACUUUGAAGAAAUAUAUUUAAGCCAUCUGAUAGAAGGCAGUGCUGAGCCAGGACGUCGCGCCUUCAAGUUCAU